AUGAGUAGUUGUCCUAGGCUUAUUACAAGACAAUUGAGCACAUCAGCUCACCUUCUUCAGCAAAGGUCACAACCUCGAUUUGUGGAUACGAUAAAAGAGGUGUCCAAACCAGCGCAAGAGGAUUCCUACAACGUCACGCGACCCCUUGGGUUGACUAAGCCAGUUUUGCUAAACCACAAAUUGUCCGAUACCUACUCCUUUUCGAACAUUGUAGGAGAACUAUUUGGUGCUCAAGCUAAAGAAAGAAGGCAGAAGAACCUCGAUUUUGAUUUGAAGCACUCUCCAAUUUACGAUAUGAAGUCGUUUCAAAACACUAAAGGCAAAAUAUUUAAGCCUCCCAUAUCGUGGUUCAAACAAGAUAAAUCACUUUACUUUCCUGACUUUAUUGCAAAAACUUUAACAGGGGAACUGAACAGUCUAUAUGAUGUGCUCAACAAUAAAUACAGCAUAGUGAGGUUAUAUUCCACGGUAAUCGGCGAGCAAUGUUCGAGAUCAUACUUUAAGGUAGACAACGAGGACUAUUACAGCACAAACUACAAGAGCUUUGUAGAAAAGUUUCCUAAUUUCCAAAUAAUUGAUAUUAAUAUGCCUUCCAGUUGGAUCAAAGGUUUUGUUUUAAAUUUAUCAUUAUCCAACUUGAGAAAGAUGAUAUCUCCCGAGCGUUAUCAGAACUAUUUCAUCUUACCAUUACACAUAUUAGCACCAGAAAUAAGAGAGCAAUUGCAUUGCGAUAAUCAAUGUACGGGUUACAUAUAUAUCAUUGAUUCUUUUGGUAAAAUAAGAUGGGCAACAAGCGGCUAUUCCACUCCGGAAGAUCUUCAAUUAAUGUGGAAAGUUGUCAAAGGAUUGGAAAAAGAAGCUACUCAGAAAGUAAAAAGAGUAUAG